GGACGGAGACACUAUAACAGCAGCAGGAAUAUGCUGAAGUAGAGGUAGAGGGAGACGGCUCAUAGAGCGAGUGAGGGCAAAAAUUGAAUUGUAGAUUUAAGGAGCCUCUCUCCUCCCUCUUUCCCUCCCUCUUUUAUUUAUCUCAUGUGAAACCACGCCUCCCUCCUUUCACUUGUCAGUGCAUCUAUAACAGUGAGCUGUCUGCAUCAGGCUGUGUGUGUGGGGGUGAGACCAGCUCUCCACUCUGCCGGCACGGUGGACCACGUCUGAACGGACCGGACGCGACUGGAUGCUACUGGACUGACCACAAGAGGACUUGGCAGUCAGAGACUGGUUUCACUGGGCGAGGAGAAUAUUAGCGACAGGAGAGAAGGUUGAGUGAGGACCGUGGAGGUGACUGCAGGUUAGCGUGAUGGCAGGGCGCGUGCUCUCCGCCUCUGUCUCUCUUCCUCUGCUGCUUCUCGUCCUGGUGGAGGUGAUCCCUGUGGCCCAGGGCUCUGGCUAUCUGUCUGGCUACCGCCUCAGGUCUCGUCCGCAGAAGGACCGUCACACUCGCAACAUCCGACCCAACAUCAUCCUGAUCCUCACUGACGAUCAGGACAUUGAGCUGGGCUCAAUGCAGGCCAUGAACAAAACGCGGCACAUCAUGGAAAAGGGCGGCACGCACUUCUCCAACGCUUUCUCCACCACACCUAUGUGCUGCCCGUCCCGCUCGUCCAUCCUGACGGGGAAGUAUGUGCACAACCACCACACCUUCACCAACAACGAAAACUGCUCCUCGCCCUCAUGGCAAGCUCACCACGAGCCGCACACGUUUGCCGUGCACCUCAACAACUCCGGAUACAGGACAGCCUUUUUUGGAAAGUAUCUGAAUGAGUACAACGGCUCGUAUGUGCCCCCUGGCUGGAAGGAGUGGGUGGCGCUGGUGAAGAACUCCCGUUUCUACAACUACACGCUCUGCAGGAACGGAGUGCGAGAGAAACACAGCAGCAACUACUCAAAGGAUUACCUGACUGACGUCAUCACCAAUGACAGCGUCAACUACUUCCGCAUGUCCAAGAUGAUGUACCCUCACCGCCCUGUCAUGAUGGUCCUCAGCCAUGUCGCCCCACACGGCCCAGAGGACUCCGCCCCACAGUAUAGCUCCGCCUUCCCCAACGCAUCACAGCACAUAACCCCGAGCUACAACUAUGCCCCAAACCUGGACAAGCACUGGAUCCUUCGCUACACUGGAGCCAUGAAGCCCGUCCACAUGCAGUUCACGAACAUGCUGCAGCGCCGGAGGAUGCAGACGCUGCUGUCUGUGGACGACAGUGUGGAGAAGGUGUACAACGUGUUGGUGGAGACAGGGGAGGUGGACAACACCUACAUCAUUUACACCUCAGACCAUGGCUACCAUAUCGGCCAGUUUGGUCUGGUCAAGGGCAAGUCGAUGCCUUAUGAGUUUGAUAUCCGCGUUCCCUUCUAUGUACGAGGACCUAACGUGGAGCACGGUACCAUUAAUCCUCACGUCGUGUUGAAUAUUGACCUGGCACCGACGCUGCUGGACAUGGCCGGUGUUGAUAUCCCUGCAGAAAUGGAUGGCAAGUCGAUCCUUAAGCUGCUGGACACAGACAGACCGGUCAAUAGAUUCCAGAUGAACAGGAAGGCGAAAACAUGGAGAGAUUCUUUCCUCGUAGAGAGAGGGAAACCUCCACACAAGAGAGCUGAUGGGAAGGAAAUGGAGCAGGAGGAGAACUUCCUGCCAAAAUACCAGCGCGUGAAGGACCUUUGCCAGAAAGCAGAGUACCAGACAUCCUGCCAGCAGCCAGGACAGAAAUGGCAGUGUGUGGAGGACCCGGGUGGUAAGCUGAGGCUGUAUAAGUGCAAGGGCAUGGCUGGUCUCUUUGCCCCACGCAUGCAGGCUCUGAUGGCCAGCAGCGUUUCUCAACUGUCUCUCACCUCCAACUCAGACAGCUGCAACUGUGCAGAUGUGGCCUUGAAAAGCUCAGUCCUGAAGAGGAAGAGGCUGCUCACCAAGAAGAAGACAAAAUUCAGUAAGGGUGUCUCGAGGAAGCGCUGGGCUCGCUCUGUAUCAUUUGAGCUGGACGGAGACCUGUACGCCGUGGACCUGGAGGAGGGCUACCGGCCGCUGGGCUCCAGGAAUAACAGCUGGACCAAAGGCAGGAGGACAGGAGUGAGCGGUGAGGAGGACAAUGAAGAAUUCAGCGGGAUGGGAGUCACAGCCAAACCCAGCACUGACAACAGACUCACACCACCUGCUUCUCUCAAAGUCACUUACAGGUGCUCCAUUCUUAUGAAUGACACAGUGAAGUGUGAUGGAGGACUUUACAAGUCCCUUCAAGCAUGGAAAGACCACAAACUACACAUUGAACAUGAGAUUGAAACACUGCAAACCAAAAUCAAGAACUUGCGCGAUGUCAAAGGUCACCUGAAAAAGGUGCGACCAGAGGAAUGUCAGUGUGACACUCCCAGUGUUCUCCUGAAGCCUAAAGACACUCUCAGGCUAAAUGCAGGACACAUGCACUCACUGAGAAUGCCGUCCAAGCAGAAGGCCCAGUGGCUGCAGAAGGAGCAGAAACGCAGGAAGAAACUCCGUAAAUUCCUCAAAAGACUCCAGAACAACGACACCUGCAGCAUGCCCGGCCUCACUUGCUUCACCCACGACAACCACCACUGGCAGACUGCCCCCUUCUGGACAAUGGGUCCGUUCUGUGCCUGCACCAGCGCUAACAACAACACGUACUGGUGCCUGAGGACCAUCAAUGACACACACAACUUCCUGUUUUGCGAGUUUGCCACAGGUUUCCUGGAGUAUUUCGACCUCAACACUGACCCGUAUCAGCUGAUAAAUGCUGUCAGCUCCCUCGACCGCAACGCUCUGAAUGCAAUGCAUCAGCAGCUCAUGGAGUUACGAAGCUGCAAGGGACAUAAGCAGUGCAACCAGGAGAAGGGAGGAAAGGAGCGAAACUACUUCAGUGAAUACAGGCCAGUUCAUCGUCGAAAGAGGCCAAAAGUGAAGAAGCCUUCCUCCAAAUCGCUAGGUCAGAUUUGGGAAGGGUGGGUUGGUUAACCACCUGCAUCCUUCAACCAAGCACAUCAGCCUCUCCCCCAGGGAAGGAGGGACGAAGGAGGAGCACAGCAAAACCCAAGGACCUUGACUAACUACUUCGAUGGACCAUAACCUGAGAUCCUGCUCUUUUAGAGUCUGGGUUUAAGUAUUUUUUGAUUGCUAUAUCACCCAGUCAACGUAGACGCUGAAAGACGCCGCCUCUACCUGCGCACACGUCAUUUUCAUUUGCUUCCUCGGUUAAGCCACAGCUGUGAGGACUGUGAACAUCAACAUGAUGCUGUGGAUCACAUAGGGCUCUUUGCUGAGCACAAGCCAUUCACUCUAACAACUCCACUUGUAGAUAAUAUAUACGGGCUUUCUUUUAAGUCAUGUGAUGCUGUUGAGGUGGACAGUAACAGGAUGUCCCUGUGGUACAUGGAGACAUUUUCUGUCUCUGCACAUGGAGGCGGUGUGGACUCUGCCAUGAUGUUUUGUAUUAUAGCUGAUCUUAAAGCCUCAAAAGAUUUGUGAGGCGACUGCUUCCCUAAACUAACCACUGUCUCACACCAUCACAGUCUUUGUCCAUAUUGACAGAAUGAUGCGUCACUAGCGAAUGCCAUUUGACUCUUUUUUUGUUUUUCACUUUGCAUCGUCGGUACCACACUGUAGAAGUAUCCAAAGUUUGUCCAGCUUGCUAUACAUGGUGCUACAGGAUAACAAUACAGAAAUAAACUCCUGCUGUACAGUACAGUAUGUAUUUGAAUGUAUGUUGUGCAAUUAAUAUAAAUGUUUACAAUAUUUUUUAUAAUACUGAGAAGGCAGACCUUGUUGUAUGAUAUGAGCUGACACAAUGGACGUGUAGGACAAAUGUAGCCUGAAAAAUGUCAUUGUCCUCAAUUUGUAUGUUGGAUUUUCUUCCCUUAUUUACAUCAGAGAAGCACUUAUAAGGGUUCACUGUGACGAGGUGCGCUAUGUAAAUGUGAUGGAUCUAUAGUUUACUCCGUGCCAACAGUGUAAUACUUAUUGAUGUGAAUUUUAGCUAGCUGCCUUUGUUAGCUUCUUUGAUUCUUUUUUAGCAGAUAUUUCCAUAGAUCUGAGUGCUGACUGUCGUUGUGAAUAAAGUGUUGUUUGAACCUAAA